UCUCCUGUACGCAGCUCUCAACGGAGCCAUCUUCAUGGUGCAGUUUAAUGAUUUUAUCCUUGAGGAUGAAAAGUGAGAAGAUUUUAAAUUUCUCACUGCUUUUCGUGUUUGUGAACGCUUGUUUCGCACAGGCUGACUUCGCCCCCUAUUUCUACGACAAUGGACCGUAUAGCGACAACGGGAACCUGGCCCUGUUCAGCCUCUCAGAGGACACUCCUAUUGGUACGCAGAUCUAUCGCCUCAACGGCACAGACCCUGAAGGUCAGGAGGUAAGGUAUGGCCUGUCUUUUGAUCCAGGGUCAAAAGAGUACUUCAGUGUCAACCCAAAAUCUGGAAGUAUUACGUUAGUGGAAAAGUUGGACAGAGAGAAACAAGAUUCUAUCGAUGUUAAUAUCAGUAUCACAGAUGGGAAAAGCAAGGUUGUAGAAAAAGUGACUAUAUUUGUGAUGGAUACAAAUGAUGAAAAGCCAGAAUUUCAAAACAUGCCAGCAAUUAUUGAUGUACUUGAAACAACUGAAUCAGGAAGUAGUAUCUACAAAGUGGAGGCUGUGGACAGAGACACAGGCUCGGGAGGCUCUGUCACAUACUAUCUCCAGACGCCACAGUCCAAUUUGUUUGCCAUUGACAGACAUAGUGGUGUCCUUCGAAUUAAAUCAGGGGAAACAUUGGAUUACGAGAAAACCAAGACUCACUUUGUCAUAGUUAUUGCUAAGGAUGGUGGUGGAAACUAUAACGGCAAGGAGCAGUUUCUGUCAUCCUCUUCUACCCUAACCAUUAAUGUGAUCGAUGCACAGGAUACGCCUCCGUCUUUCAUUGGGACGCCCUACUUUGGCUAUGUUUAUGAAGUCUCAAAGCCAGGAUCUGAAAUAUUCAUUGUCUCUGCUGAGGAUGGCGAUGUAGGAAACCCAAAUCCAGUCCGUUACUCAUUCGAUGAAGGUGACGAUGGCGUUUUUGACAUCAAUAAAACAAGUGGUUGUAUCUCCCUGUUGAGUCCUCCUAUUGAGCUGAAGAGAGAAAUCUUCAACGUUAAAGUCAGGGCAUCAGAAAUAAGCCCUGAAGGAAAACUAAUGGACUACAGUGUGACCACAGUAGUGAUCCGUGUUGUGGACCUAAACAACAAUCCACCCACUUUUUAUGGUGAAAAUGGCCCGCAGAGCAUGUUUGAGCUGACCAUGUAUGAGCAUCCACCAGAGGGAGAAAUACUACGAGGGCUGAAGAUCACAGUUAAUGACUCUGAUCAGGGUGCAAAUGCUAAAUUUAAUCUGAGACUCAUCGGACCAGGAAGAAUGCUGCGAGUCGUCCCCCAAACUGUUCUCAACGAGGCCCAAGUCACUAUUUUAGUGGAGGAGUCUGCUGCCAUGGACUAUGAGAAACACCAUUUUUUGACAUACAAGUUACUUGCAGUGGAGGCGGAUACCCCUGAAAGAUUCAGCGCCACGGCAGACAUCAUCAUCCAUCUCUUGGACACCAACGACAACGCUCCCAGAUUCUCCUCGGACUACUACAUUGCCAGAAUUCCAGAAAACUCGCCCGGCGGCUCAAACGUGGUGUCAGUCACGGCGGUAGACCCAGACUCAGGACCUUGGGGUGAAGUGAAGUACUCCAUCUAUGGAUCAGGAGCUGAAUUGUUUCUGAUCCAGCCGACAUCUGGGAUUAUUUACACCCAGCCUUGGGCAAGCUUGGAUGCUGAGGUGAGGUCGAAGUAUAACUUCUAUGUGAAGGCAGAGGAUGCGGAUGGAAAAUACAGCCUGGCUGAAGUCUUUGUGACCGUGCUGGAUCUGAAUGACCAUCCGCCUGCUUUCAAUAAUAACUUCCUUGAGAAGACCAUGGUGAUUGGAGCUCCAGUGAAAAUAGAGGCUGUGGACGAUGAUGCAGAAGUACCAAACAAUGUUAUCGAGUACACCAUCAUGAAAGCUGAGCCGGACAACAACAUUUUUGAUAUUAAUGCUGACACGGGAGAAAUCAAACUGAAGUCCUUCAUCAAGUCGAUGGCCAUCAUUCAGAACAUCACUAAGAAGAGAGACUGCAGCUGGUCCCUGGUGGUCCAGGCCCGGGACCAAGGGCAGCCGUCCUUCAGCACCACUGCAGUCGUCAAGAUCGACAUCACUGAAGCUGUCAAAUCCAGGUUUUUCUCAUACUUCCUGGGCCUAAGGAAGCGUCCAGGGACAGUGUUUGGGAUUUGUUUGACCCUUGUGAUGUUCACCAUUUCACUGACAAUCGUCAUUUCAACUGUUAUGUACUGGAAAUCUGUGAAAAAGACCCGUGUACAACCUCACGGCAAGAUCAGAAAGAUUGCACGGAGGCCUGUGCCGUAAACGAAGCUUGCCUUGAGAUCAUCAGCACAACAGUACUGCUGGUUUUACUCUGUGGUUUCAAGAAUGACCCAUUUUCCAAAGAAAAAGCAAAACUGUCUGUAAAAGAGCACAUGUAAGAGCACAAUAUAAUCCAAAAAAUAUAUAUUUUUCCCAAUUACAAUCUUUUAGGGCAUGCAUUCUGACCCCAAAACAUAUUAAAACAAUAUUUACACUUUUUAGUUUUGGAUUUUAUUUAUUGUCAGCUUCACUCUCAGAUGCUGAAUGGUCUCAGCUAUCCUGGGUUCCUCCAUGAACCUCUCUGAUCUUGUCUUGACAAAAUGUAGCAAAAGAGAUUUAAUGUGUGAUCAUUAUUUUGAACACAGUUGUAAAAAAGAGAUAGGCUCUUCUAUAAUAUCUUUAACAGGAGUUGGACAAUACAAAUAUAGUAUUAACCAAAACUUUAAAAAGAAUUGUGUGAUUUCAGUACCAUAGAUGUGAAUUCUCCUUGUGCUCUUUUACAGACUACAGAAUGGGGGCCUUUGGGAUCAUUUUUAAUGCUGAAUAAAAACAACCCAUUGCAAAUCAUUGGUAUGCUUGCUGGUAUUAUCAGUUU